GAGACGCGCGAGGCACCGAGCGAGCGCGCUUACGAGACUGCGCCCAUCAUCACCAGCACCACCACACCACACCACACCACACCGAGACCCCGCAGCCCGAACAAUGGCAGCAUCCAGCGGCUGAUGCACAGAUGGAGACACGCUGGAGCUGACGAGUGGUCUUUUAAGACGCCGUCCUUACAGAUGGAGCGAUAGAGGAGAGAGAAUCCGCGGGCUGUUCUCCAUCACUGACGGGAGGCGCGUCCACCUGUGCUCGCACUGGAGGCCCGGGAUGCGCGAAAACAUGCACAAGUGCCUCUGAUUAAAGGAAAUUAUUUCAACAUUGUGGUCAAAAGAACUCGGCGUUAAGAAAUAAACACAUUCUGUCAGCAUAAAGAAUGGGUAACGGCGAUAUAAUGAAGCCCCACACGAGCAGGACAGACUCCCAUUGAUGGACAGGACACAGGCCCGGAUCAUCUUGCAGGCUUUGGGCUCAACAGAAACCAGCGAACUGGACCAGUCGGGAUCACAUAAUCUGAAGAGUAAUCGAAUGCUGUAUGGUGUCGCAGAUGCUGCCUUACACACAUCCUCCACAGCUGCUGCAGAGAGCACGAAGAGAGGCAAUUCGUACUGUCACAGUGUUAAAUUGGCCUUAAAGAAGCACUACUUACCACGGCCACUGUCAACACGGACUCCUUUAGAGAACCACCCAACUGAUGAGUCCUCAAACUACACAAUAUCCUUCACACCCUGUGCUGCCAAGGGCUUGAGCCCCCUGGGCCUUUCCAAGAAGACCGCAAUCAGAUCCAUUUCACCAUGAUAGAACCUGCGAGCAUCCCUGGGCUCACACAGGACUGUUUGCCUCAGCAGAGUCCCACCUGUCCAGGCUGCUUUAUUGAGACUAAGGAUUUGUCCAAUGUAGAGGCCCUCAAAAUGGCUGACAUGACCCGGGACUACACCACCUGCCCUAUCUCUGAUAUUAACAUUCAAUGUAUGAGCACAAGUGAAACAGUAAGUUAUGGAGAAGCGCUGCUCUCGGAUCAGCUUUUGAGCUUUCCUGUCCCCAAAACCCAGCUGGUAGAGAAGAAGGACACAGAGAAAAUAGACUUAGAUGAUUCAGCCUCCAAAAACCUGUAUGAGGGUCUGCUAUUAGACAAGUGCAAUGGUGACGAUGGCUUGCUUACCAAUCCAAAUCAGGACUGGGGCUAUUUUGAGUCCUUCAUUAGCGAGAGUAAGAUGGAAUUGCUGGAUCUCUGCUCCAAGAACGAGUUAUCCGUAAAUCUCUUCUCUGAAGAGGACGUGGGCAAUUAUAUGUUUGAUGAUGAUGAUGAUUCCACUCUGAGCAGUGAUGUGUGCUCGCUAAAGAUCCGCUACGAGUCCUUCCAGGACAACAUGAGGGAGAAAACCAAUGUUCUGCAAGAAGAAACUCAGUUCAACUUUUUCCCAAGUGUCUUGGUAAACUGCACAAAGAAAGAGAGUUGUGGGGUAAAGCGAGUUGUGGAUGAUCUACCACCAAAAUCAGAGGAGCUUGGAUUCCAAAAUGACAGCAAAGGGGAUGAAAAUGACUGCUCCAUAGAGCAGACACCCGAUUAUAACCCCAAAAUGAACUACUUCAUUGAUUCAAGCACCUCAGCUGAAGACUCAGGGGAGUAUAGUGAUGACAGCUCCUCCACCGUUUCCUCUCUUGACACCUUCCAAGACAACAGGCCUAAAAACUUGUUCUCACGAAAGAACGCAAGCUGCUCAAACCAUCUGAACUAUGGAUUACGGGCCAAGAGAAAAGUUAGGUAUAGUGAUGACUACUUGUAUUAUGUUGAGUCUACUGAUGGGGAAAGAAACAUUGAAAAGCGAGAGAAACUACAGAUUGGUCCAAAACAAGAAGAGGAUCUUGACUGGUGCCCUAAAAAGAGACGAAAAUACUCGCGGAAGGAUCCACCUGUAAUAAUCAAAUACAUUAUUGUAAACCGGUUCAAAGGAGACAAAUGCAUGGCUGUAAAGCUGGGCAGAAUCAAAUCAGCCGACACGACAGUAAGCUUAAAUGAGGAUAAAAUCAACAAAUAUGAGAAGCUUGCACCUCUGAAGGAUUUCUGGCAGGAGAAACAGAGAGAGAGAGAGGAACAGCUUAAGCUGGCAGCAGGAGGUAAACACAAUUCUCACCAUCAUGCCUUUAGUUCGAGUCCCUCCAAAAGAAAAUACAAGCUAGCAAACAGGCUUAGAAUUCAGAGAAUUCAUACUGUGGAGCAAUCACCCAACACACAGGGCCCCUUUGCCUCUGAUCCCAGGCAGGAGGUUUCUUCUACAGAUGAAACUGCCUCCACGGGAAUGCCAUUAACAAUAGCCACCAGCUGUGCAAGCACAUUAGACCCCAAUGACAUCAUGCACACUGCCACCCGGAAGAGCAGAUCACAAGAGAGGGAGGAAGGCAGAAUAGGAAAUAAAAUAUUCAGAAUACAGAAAUUCAGAAGCGAAGCCAGACUUAGAAGCAAGAAAAUGAGAGACCUUGUGGAGAAUAGCGAGAGCGUGACAGACCUGACAGAAGUUUGCUCGCUGCAGAAAAAUAUGGACGCAGUAGGAGGUGCUGAAGAUAAAAAAGUCAGCCCAGCUGCACACAGUCCCCAUUUGUGUGAGAGUCAAACAGCUAAUGCCUCUGAAAAAUUUGCUUUUGUGACUACCACCUGCUCCCCUAACAAAGAGGCAUCGUCUGAGAAUAUGGCUACAAGUGUUUCCGUUAUCCCAGGAGGCUACCUGCAAACAUUGUUAGAUGCCUCUGAUUCUUCAGGUAGCACUGGCAUCCAGUUUUUCCCUCAGCAGACCCACCACUCACUGGAUCUCUCUUUGGAAAAGCAGCAAUUCACCUCAAUUCAGCUAGCACAAAGUUGUGUCCUUUCUCCACCAUCAGAAUCAGAGCUCCAACAGUCACCCCAGAAUUGUCCAACUCUUACCCAGAUGUGGCACCCGCAGCUUGGUCCCAACCAGCAGUUUGGUGCUGCAGAUAUUGUUGAAUCUGCGAUCCAACCCAACAGCUUCACUGGAGAGAUGGCUAUGCCAAUGUCUGAGAGUCUGACUGUGUCGGGCUAUAGCCAGCUGAGUCUGGAGAGCAACAGAAUGCUUUAUGAAAAGAAUUACAUGCCUGAGCAGCCAUUGCCUCCUGAUGCUGAGUUUCAGAUAUGUCAGGGGCAGCCACAGUUUCAAAGAGCCACACUGCACACCGACAACGGCCGACUCAUCAGUUUCGACUCAGUUGGCUCAUUGUCAGCUACUUCUAGCAAUUACAGCUCUCUGAGUCUGAAGUCCUGCGAGAAAGAUGGUGAGGAUGAUGUGAAUGAGAACUUUAUGGCCCACUGCAGUCCCAAACUGGUGAUUCAGCAGAGUAUCGAAGCAAUCACACCCCUGAGGGAGUCCACAGACUUGCUGGAUAUCUCCAACUUCACUCCCGAUAAAUUCAGACACACAUCAUUGUCAGAACUCUCUCCUCCAGAGACUCCUAAUUUAUCCCCUCAAGUUACGGGCCGUGAGAUGAGGAUAGCUGGGAAGGCCACUGACCUCCAGGAUGGGGCUAAGAUGUCAUGCACCAAAGACGUGGACUGGAACUGCAAAAUGAUCGAGCAGCGAGAUCUGUCUAGAUAUUCAGUAGAUGGUCAUGAGUAUGAAUUGCACAUUUUUAAUGGUGAAGACAACUUAAGCCUGGGGACGAAGGAGGAAAAUCUUGCUGACUUUGACGGUGAUAUGAUGAGUGCAAUUAAGGGGACCAAGGCAAAAAAGAAAAAUACAAACAAACAAACUGCAGGGCAGGGAACCAAAAAAAGCAAAGCCCCAAGAGCUCCUAAGGCAGAAAAGGGCAAAAUUCCACGUCAGACAUCAAGAGCAUCUAAAAAGUUAAAGGCUUUACUGGAUGAGAAGGGUGGUAAAGGCCGGACUGAGGGCGCUGCUCAUCCACUACUGGACAGUGGCUCUGAGGAAUGGACAGGAAUAGUUUGUUCAGAGAGCAAAAGUCAAGCCCACGAUGACCAGCGAGAGUUUGAAGAGCCAUCCAACAUCUUGUCAAAUAUUGUCUCAGGGAUGGCCGAAGUACAGAGAUUCAUGAUGGCCUCUGUUGAGCCAAUAUGGGGCCCUGCAGCAAAUGUCUGCUUGCCCUCAGAGGCUAACAGCCUCAAGUUAAAAACUCUCAAAAUCCUUGCAGGAACUUCAUCCGACCCGAAGAAGAAAGGCACUUGUGGGGCUAAUGGGGGCACAAAAGGCAGAAAAGGUGGGACAAAAGGUGGCAAAAACCAGGCAAAGUUAAAUGCCUCCCUGCCUUUUUUCCCUCAGUUGGCUUUGGGCUGUAACGUGUUUGACAAGCCUAGCCUUGGCGUUCCUGGUGUAAAUGGGCCUGCGCACAAAAAGAUGUACCGUCACAAAACCAGUGCAAAAUUCCCUCGGAUUGAAAAUCUGAAGGGCACGCGACCAGAACGAGACUCAGAUAAGGACAUAUCAUUAAUGGCAUCUUUUGAGAAACUGAGGUAAUAUUUUAUAUCUAGCUGCUGAUGCACGUUCCUCACUUUCCCACUUCCUCCUCAUUUCUUGACUCAAGACCAGAGAUGCAUGGAUUUACGUUAUUCUUAAGUACCCCCUUCUUCUUUUUGCCCCCGAAGAGGAUAUUGAUAUCUUGCAUGAGAAACUUCUUGUACUCGCAAACUACCUAUUGAUUGAUUGUGCAAGGCUUGAUUGAGAUUUUAAAUGACCAUGGCUGCAUUUUUCUUCUGCAUUCUUGUUUUUGCUGUUUUUUUCCCCCUCGCAGUUGCUGAUUAGUUUUUGUCUGAAGAAAAGGAAAAACUUUGAUAAGUGCAAAUUCUCUUUUUGGACCUUUUUUUGUUCAGUUCUCAGUGAAUCUUGCUGCCCUCAUGUAAUUAUAUUUCUCUCUUCAAACAUGUAGCUAUUAAAAUGUCUUUGUGUGAAACAAGCUCCCAAUUUGAUUAUGUAUGCUGAAACAGAUGCCCUCUCGACUCUUUACUGCCUGACUUUUUUAAGUGUGAAUUGCUCAGCCCCUUGUCUAAGAUAACAACAUCCUUGAUAUAUCCCUAAACAUUGUCAGCACACAAUGGGACCAUUUUGUAUUAAAGACAUAUCAGAUUAAUGUUGUUCUAAUUACUUUCUUACUGUUGGAAUGUACUUAUGAUUUUCUCUUAUCUACUAUGCUUUUUACAGGAGUUGUACUGGAAAAGGUUUAAAUGGACAUUUCUAUGCCAUGGAAAUCCUCAAAUGCUUCAUUUUUGAAUUUUUUUUUACAGUA